AUGGAAUCAGCCCUUUUGAUGAUUUUACUGGUUGUAAUUAUAUUAAUACGAUUCAUUUUAUGGUCCUGUCUUAGUGCUUACAUAGAUUACAAACUGUCUCGAAGGUUUCCUGACAGGAAAAAAGAGUGCUAACAGACCUCAAAAGGCUUCUUCAGAUUUCAGCUGACAAUGAGGACAACUGGACAAGGUAAAUGGACCUAGAGCAGAUUUUACCUUGGCCUCUGAGGAGACAGAAAUGGCCGGUUGAGACUGCAAUUCAGUGAAGAUCCUUCAGAAGGCCUCAUGCUGACAGGGAGGGAAUAGAAACCACAACAACUGAUUGAGUCAAACAACCUCCUAUCAGACUAGAGCAAGAAUUUGUUGUUGGGAACAGGACUGUGGACAUUUGCCAGUUAAACGAUCUGGACAAGCUGGAAGGAAUCCUAUUGUUGGGCAGUCCAAGGCUGACAGUGGCCCAGUCUUACUACGUGAAAUGUGAUGGCCCAUUGCCUGUUGGACAAGCUGCUGGUCUACACGUUAGAAUGUCAGCUGCACACCCUGCCUGGAUGCAACAACUGAUUGUGCCUGAAUGAGCACGGAGAUUACAAACCCGGCUCAGGAGCCACGUCUAAUGCUGCAGAUUUGCAGAGUGGAUUUUUACAUGAUUGACUUGUUGCUAAAUUCCUUUUUGGUUUCUCCCUGUCUGUCAGAUCAGAAGCUGGUUAUACCCAAAGAUCGCCAUUCUUGUCAGGUGGCAUAUCUGAGUAACAGUAGUGGUGGAGCACCACUGGGAUAGUCUGUUCCAUGAAAACCAGAUCUGUGCGUUACAGUUUGUCUGACAGACUCCAGCUCUGCUUCAGCAGUACUGGGCAUUGGGGCAUACAGUGCUUAGAGGCCUUGCAAAGUAAUUUCUCUUCUAGCCUUUAGUAAGGAGGUACCAGGACACGGAAAGCUUUGCCUACUCACCCAAGGCAGGAGUGACUUGAGAUUUUUUGCUUAUUGCAUCUUGCAAAGUGAGACAGGGCUCCAAGCGAACUGCCUGCUUUCAGAUGGAUGCUACACUGAGUAAAACUGCAAAAAAUCUUGCUGUGUGUGCAACACAAUUUAACAUUGGCUUUUAAAAACUUGGUUUUCCUAUAGCAAAAGUAGGAAAAUUGUAUUGCUUUGCCUGAGAAAGAAAGUUGAAAUGUGGUAUUUUUGGCCCAUUCCUAUCUGGUGUUCUUUAUGUUGUGCAGAAGCGAAGGCUGCUGCUCUGAGAAAUGGCUUCAAAACUCUUGGUA